AUGCUGAGCCCCAAGGCCUUGACCAACGCUGCCGUGCUGCUCGCCAUGUACCCUGUGUCUAUCUUCGCUAUCGGUGACUGGGGGUCCACUACGGACAGGGGUUCGUGUUGCGGAGGCACGUUUAACAACUUCGACCUCCACGCCCAGGAGAUCGUGGGUAUGUUGAUGGACCAGCAGGCUGCUGUUCAGAAGCCUGAUGCGGUCUGCGGUCUCGGAGACAGUUUUUACUGGACGGGUAUCGACAGUAUGGAGGGGCAAGUCGCACGCUUCCAGACGUCGUACGAGUCCAAGUACAAUGGAGCCAACAUCAAGAACGUCCCCUGGGUGAACGUCAUGGGCAACCACGACUACGGUGGCGCCAACUACGUCUGCAACGUCGGCGAGCAGCUCGUCAGGUGCAACAGCACGCAGGAAAUGCUCCAGGGUCUGGACAACAAGCUCCGGUACCAGUCGUCGUACAAGAGCCCCAACAACAACCGCUGGCACAUGGACGACCGCUUCUACGUUCACCACAUCGAAGAUCCAGCCACUGGUGUGAGCAUCGACAUUUUCAACGUUGACAUGAACGACGCCGAUAUCGCUGGCGCCCACGGCGUCUGCUGCCAGUGCUACGGCUACGCGGGCAACGAUAACGGUGGCUGUGGCAGCAUCGCCCGAGGUGACAAGUACUGCUGCGGAGGCGAUACCGCCAUGUAUGACACGUGCAUGGCCAAGUUCUCGGAGUGGGCCGAGGAUUCUCGCAAGCAGCUUGCGGCCAAGGCCAAGGCGUCCAAGGCGACGUUUAAGAUUGUCAGUAGUCACUUCUCCCCGGUCCAGCACUACCACGAGGACGGCAUGAACCGCUGGUUCGACGCGCUCCGUGGCACGGGCAUCCAGGCCUUCGUCUACGGCCACACCCACGGCGAGAAGCACGACUACGCGGACACGCUCAAGAUGCACUUCGUGGAGACCGGAGCUGGCGGCGGUAUGAAGAAGGAGUUCGCGAGCACGAUCCCUGACUUCGCGGCCAAGUACGUCAAGAAGGAGUGGGCCUACACCGGUGACGAGUACGGAUUUAUGUCUCUGUCGGCGUCCAAGGACUGGCUCAAGCUGCAGUACCACACGGCGGACAAGAACUGGAACUUCACGGAGAACAUCAAGGACAUGAAGGUCGGUGGUGUCGCGACUAAGCACUGCUGGUACAUCCCCACUGACGGUUCGGAAGGCAAGGCCUGUUAA